CUGAGCCCAAGCAAAUAGCUUUCACGCUUUGUACUGGAAUUCCUGCUUCGGAUUCUCUCUCUCUCUCUGUCUCUCUGUCAAAAAUAAAAACUUUUUUAAAAAUCACAAAUUUCAACAUCCAGAAUGUUGUUUUAUCAACAUGCCAGAAUAUAUGUAUGGUAUAUAUCGUCUGGCCACACUGCCUAGCACUGCGCACUCAACCGCCAGUCGCUAUUAUGAUUAUUUAUUCCUACCCAGACUGGGAAGAGAUGUUGAUUAGCACGAUAAUACCAGUAUGUUACAUUUUUGGAAUAUUUGCUAUGUGCCAAACCGGAUUUGAUAGAUGAGAAGGCUGAAGCUCAGAUAAGCCACCUGUCCAGAGUCACACAGUAAGAAAGUGCAGAAACCGGCACUGUCCCUGACCCCCAAGCAGUCGCGGGGUCUCUAAGGGCCCCGCCCCCUCCCGCCUGGGCGGCAGGACGGCCGCCUCCGGCUUAUCUCGGCCCAGGCUGCGUGUGGUCCCGCCCCCUCGGGGGAGCUGCCACUUGGAGGCGCCUGGCCGGGAAGGGCCUGGUCAGCUGUGUCCGGCGGAGGCAGCUGCUGACCCAGCUGUGGAUUGUGCCAGGGGCGGAAGGGGAGCAGGGGCCCUGCGCCCCCCGUGGCGGGGGUUGCAUCAUGGAUCACCUCUGGGCGCCCCUCUGGCCUGGAGUCGGCUCUCUCUGUCUCUUGCUCGCUGGGGCCGCCUGGGCUCCCCCACCCAACCCCCUGGACCCCAAGUUCGAAAGUAAAGCGGCCCUGCUGGCUGCCCGCGGUCCCGAAGAGCUUCUGUGCUUCACCGAACGGUUGGAGGACCUGGUGUGCUUCUGGGAGGAGGCGGCAAGCGCCGGGGUCGGCCCCGACAACUACAGCUUCUUCUACCAGCUCGAGGGCGAACCGUGGAAGCCAUGUAGCCUGCACCAGGCGCCCACGGCUCGCGGCGCUGUGCGUUUCUGGUGCUCGCUGCCUACGGCCGACGCGUCGAGCUUUGUGCCCUUAGAGCUGCGCGUCACAGCCGUAUCCUCGGGCGCUCCACGCUAUCACCGUAUCAUCCACAUCAACGAAGUGGUGCUCCUGGACCCCCCCGCGGGGCUGCUGGCGCGGCGGGCCGACGAGGGCGGCCACGUGGUACUGCGUUGGCUCCCGCCUCCUGGAGCCCCCGUCGCAAGUCUGAUCCGCUACGAAGUGAACAUCUCCUCAGGCAACGUCGCAGGGGGCGCUCAGAAGGUGGAGAUCCUGGAUGGCCGCACUGAGUGCGCACUGAGCAACCUUCGCGGCCGAACGCGCUACACUUUUAUGGUUCGCGCGCGUAUGGCUGAGCCGAGCUUCGGUGGCUUCUGGAGCGCCUGGUCCGAGCCUGCGUCGCUGCUGACAGCUAGUGACUUGGACCCUCUCAUCCUGACGCUCUCACUCAUCCUCGUGCUCAUCCUGCUGCUGCUGGCCGUGCUCGCCCUGCUUUCCCACCGCCGGACUCUGAAGCAGAAGAUCUGGCCUGGUAUCCCAAGCCCCGAGAGUGAGUUUGAGGGCCUCUUCACCACCCACAAGGGUAACUUCCAGGUGUCUCCAGCGCCCAGAACAGUGACUAGAUGGUUGCAGAUUUUCAAUACAUGCUUGUUAAAUGAAUGAGUGAAGAAAGGAAGAUAGGAUUUUUGAGAAACUGGGAGAGGAGAAACAAGGUGAGUGGUUAAGUGAGGGUUGGCUGGGUCUCCUCACCCAGACCUCGCCCCAGAGCUGCCACUCACCCCUGUUGCCCUGGCAACUCUCUCCUGGUAACUUCAAAGUGGUGCUGUUGCCAGGAGACACAGGGGCGGGGUGGAACUGAUAUUUCCUGGGCUUUCUCUCUCCCUCUGGGGCCAGAAAACAGAUCCGCCACAUCCCGCAAUACAUCCACCCACACAGCUGGGCACCUCACACACCCCCCCUUACACACGUGUGCGCGCGCACACCCACACGCAUCUCUGCCUAUAUUCCACUUUCAAAAGCCCCAUCACCCACAUGCUCACAGCCCUAUCCUAACACAAAACAUCCCAUACACACUUUCUCUCACUCUUAUGUCCCCACACUCCUUCCCUUGCACACACACAAGAACACACUCUGAUACAACCAUACCAUUGCUAUUACACACACACACACACACAUUUCCUUAGCUAAUGUGACUGCAGCUCUUUACACACACACACACACACCCCACCGUGUUGCAUUCCUUGUCAGAGGCAUCACCUCAAUCCCCCCGCAGCAGAUGCACAACCAUGAUUCACCUCACUUCGCAACACUCCAAAUGCACAAACACCCAGUAGUGACACAUAUAUCACGUCGUCGUGCAGUUACGUACACAAGAGCAUGUCCAACACAGCCCCAUUGCACUCACUAUUCCCUUGCUGAGGGAACUCAGCUCCCAAAUAUCCCUGUGGCUCAUUUUCCCACACCAUUCAGGUCAUGGUCAAAUAUCACCUCGUUACAGAGGCUUUCCCUGAUCACCUGUGUAACAUUGCACGCCCUACACUUUUUAACGGCUUCACCGUCUUUGUUUUCAAAUAACUUAUCAUUUCCAAUGUCUUGUUCUUCUUGCCUGUCUCCUCACUAGAAUGUCAGCUCCACCAGGGAGGUUCUUUCUUUUGUUCACUGCUGGGCCCCCAGCUCCUAGAACAGUACUCAGCACACAGCAGGUGCUCAUAAGUGUAGACUGAGUACGUUGGCAGAGAUGCAGAGGUUUGGCAUGUUUCUUGUACACACAGUACUUCUUUCUUUUCUCAGAAGCCUGUCUUCAUAUCCCGAUGGAAGGACUUUUACCACAGAGAAGGUCCUGGGAGGGAGGACCAAAGGGUGAGGAGACUGGGGAGUAGAUAUCUCAGUCAGUCUGUGUUUCUCCCUUGUCUUUCAGCGUCACGUGAUUAAAUAAUUCAUUUAACAAAAUUUUAUUGAGGACCUACUGUGUGUCGGACCCUGUUUUAGGCCCUGGGGCUUCAGCAGUAAAAAGACAAAGAAGUCUCUGUCCUCGUGGACCUGACAUCCUAGUGAGGGGGAAGACAAUGGCCACUAAGCAUAAAGAGGAGUUUAAGUAGUCUAUGAGUGGAUGAUAAGUGUAUGCAAAAAAUUGUGCCCAGGGGGGGGAAAAAAGCUGAAAGGACCAGUUGUUUGUUUCUUGCCAUUUUAAAGAGGGUGGUAGAGGGGGCAGGUCUCAAUGAGAAGGUGACGUUUGAGAAGAGGCUUGAAGGAGCUGAGAGAGUAAACCAUGUAGAGCGCGGAGGGAGAGCAUUCCAAGUGGAGGCACCUGCAAGUGCAAAGGCCCUGAGACACUGGGAGCACUUUGACUUUUACCAGGAUGCAUGGGAACCAGCCAUGAGAGGUUUUGAGCAGAGGUAGGUUGUGGUCUGACUUGCAUGAUAAACCAGAAUUCAGUUUUGGUUGAGUUGAGUUUGAGAUUCU